UAAAACGCAGAAUCAUUUUCAGAGGCGUUGAAAGAUGUUGACAUUGUUCCAAAACAAAGUGUAAUAAAGUACUUGACAGUAUAAAGAGGAUGACAGCGGCGUGACGUGCCAGCCAAUCAGAGGAAGGCGUUGGCGCAGGAAUAAAAUGCACGUCGGCGUGUUGCCUGGCGGUUGUAGUAACUAAUUCCUUCCAAGUUUUAUCUUCCUCCAACACGAUGCCUGAGCCAGCUAAGUCCGCGCCCAAGAAGGGCUCCAAGAAAGCCGUCACCAAGGCCCCCGGAAAGGGCAGAGGGACGCGCAGGAAGACAAGAAAGGAGAGCUACGCCAUCUACGUGUACAAGGUACUGAAGCAGGUCCACCCCGACACCGGCAUCUCGUCCAAGGCCAUGAGCAUCAUGAACUCCUUUGUCAACGACAUCUUCGAGCGCAUCGCCUCCGAGGCGUCUCGUCUGGCUCUCUACAACAAGAGAUCCACCAUCUCUUCCAGGGAGAUCCAGACCGCCGUGCGCCUCCUGCUGCCGGGUGUAUGCAGAAAUUGCGCUUCUGAUGUGGCAGCUGGUUGCACAAGCUCUCUGCUCUUUUAAUAUCCUUUGUGUUAUCGAUCAGUCAAGGAAAAACUCAAAAAUUGGGAAAAAUAAAUACUUUUGGGAAAGGGCCACAGAUGUGAAGACCCCCUCCUGGGUGAUUGGCUGCAAUGGAUGCUGAGUGGGUACAGUUACUGAACAUUGUUACAUUCAGGAGAAGGUGAGAGUCCAGUCCAUCGGGAAGCCAGCAGAGGGAAGUCUUCUUCCGUGAAGGCAAGUCAACAACGCAGAGACGUCAUCACCUGAUGCAUAGAGGAGUAAUCCCCCCAACCCCCUCCGUGAGAGGGAGGACAGGUGGGUGCUCGAAACCCUUCGCUCAGGAGCCGAUGCUGGUUAUGGUUUGGAAAGGCGAGCAGCCCGCCACACGCGCCAAGGGCGGGCUGAAACCCGUCCGAGGCCCUGAGACUUCUGUGUUGGCCCUACCGCGCGGCCUGCUGGGACGUGCCGCCGUCGGGCUGCAGCCCGCCAUCAUGCCCAUGUGUUUGCAUUUUGUCUUGAAAGAGUUUCUUCAUUUCCCGUGCUUAGUUGUCACGAUUUUCUAAGUGCUGGAGAAAAGAUCAUAGAAUGUGUAACUAUUGUGCAGUGGUGAAAGUAAGUAAGAAAAUAAAUAAGGCAAAAUGUUGAAAUAAAUAAAGACAUUAAAGAUGAAUGAUGUUAGGUAAUAAAUGUAUACUGCCAUCCAUCCAUCCAUUUUCUAAAACAGUUCAUGAUCAAUAAAUAAAAUACAUUAUUAUAAUUCGUCAUA